GGAUUAACGUUUAAUUGUUUUUCUUUUAAUAAUUUAAUUUGUUUCUCUCUUUAAUUUAAUUGUGUUCCUUUUUAUCUUUUGAUUAAUCCUUAAUCACCAUCCAUUUAUCAGAUAAAUAUAUUAAUAGAAGAUGAUUGAUAAUUCUGGUUUAAUCAAAGUGAAAGUGUCAGUUAAAAGACAAUUAACAAUUAACCAUGGAUUAUUUGUCAACAUCUUCAAUCACCACUUCAACCAAAUUAACUAAUUGUCAAUCGGAUUUUGGAAAAGAAAACCUUAUUCCAAUAGAGCGAAACACUUUUCCUAUAAAUGACAACAUUCAACUGGUUUUCUAUCAACUGAUACCAGAUAUUUGCUAUUCAAUCAAAAGGGUAACCUCUAAUUGCAAUUUACCAUUACAAUCUAAUCAAUUAAUUGUAAUCACCAUGUAUUCACCUUUACAUUGAGCUGAUUGUUAAAAGCUGAUAUGGAGAGUGAUUAAGAGAUAGCCAAUAGAUGAUAUCUAUAUAUAAGAUUUGCUUCAUUAAUUGGUGAUUUUAUAACAAUAAGACCAAGGUCAAUUAGACAAUUAGAGUCACAGAGGGAUUGAGGUUAACUUGAUUAAGAUCAACUCGGUUGGUUGGAUUUAAUGAUUUUCGGACAGUAAAGGAAAAGUUUUUUUUUGGUUAUAUUUUUAUAUAAAAUAAGACCUAUCAUGAUGAUGAUUGAUGAAUUGAUUUAUCGGUAAUAACAAUCACAGUCAUUUACGUGAUAUUCGAUGCUCAUGUUUUGAUGGCUAACAGAACUUGGGAAGAAACUGUAACACCAAAAGUAUCGCCUAACUGAAGAUAUAAUUGAUGAUGAAGAGAAAAUUGUUGUUGGAUGUUACCAAACAUCUUUUCAAUCAGCAUGAAGAAAUCAAGCCGUCGGAUGAUGUGUAGGGAGAAGAUGAAAAGAAGCUAAAGAAGAAAGAAAAAUGAUGAUAAUAAUAAGACGAAGAAGGAGGAGGAGGAUGAUGAAGAUGAAGAUGAAAAGGAAAGUAAUAAGAAAAGAAGAACAAGAGAAGAAGCUGAUGGAGAGAAAAGAAAAAAAAAAAGAUGAAGAUGAAGACGAAAUAAAGAAAUAAAAUGGUAAUGAUGGUAAAGAAAACAUGAAAUUCUGCUUACAGUUAGAGAGAGAAAAAAAGAUCAACUUGAAGACUUGGAAAAGAAAAGAAAAGAAAAAACGAAAUCAGAUGAUACACAUUAAAAGGACCAAAAGCUCGAGGCCAAAAGAGGAAAGAAGAAAAAUUCGUUAAAAAGGUUGAGCAACAAGUUUCUCUCUCUCUCUUUCGUUGUCAAAGGUGAUGACCAGGUUAACUCCCGAUGCGAUGGUCAAAACGUAAACGAACCAAAUCAAUCGAGAAAAUGAAAGACGAUCAUCCAAAAUCACCAGUUAAUCUCAAUGAAAACACACGGAAAGCUAAUUCGUUGUAUCGAUUGUACCUUAAAGUUGAUUACAAUUGGAAAUUUCAAUCCACCAAAAAGGAAGGGAAAACCAAACGGAAACCCAAAGAAAACCGAAAAAAAAAGAUUCGUUUCACUGAAAGAGAAAAAAGUUACCAAUAGAUGUCACUGAAACAACAGACACAAGAUGAUAAGAAAAAGAGAGAGAAAUCUCCAGUGAUCCCAAUGGUAACCUCUCAUGUUACUGAGGUGUUAUAAUCGAUAUGAAUUUUUGUUACCUCUCUCAUCUAUAUAACCUGGUUAAUUUACGAGGAUCAUCUUCAUCUUCACGAUCACCAUCAAAAUCAUUAACACAUAAUCACCAUUCUCACCACCACCAAACCUUUUCCUCUUCAUCAAUUGUUCAACUAGUCGUUUUCCUUAAUGUGUUUAUUACCCUUUGUUGUCCCAUAGGGUUGGCCCAAGGUGCUGGCUUGGGUGCAACACAACACACAAGUAACAGCGAUAAUCAUGAUUAUAAGAAUAAUAAUGUUAACCCAAAUACUCGUAACAUUCACCAUUCUAUGGAUGUAAGUGACCUUCGUAGGGUAUUUCAAGUUGAAUCACAUGAUAAAGUGCCCGAGUAUGAUCUCGUCCAUGUGCGAGUACUCCCGAAAAGAGAGGCUCCAACAUCUUCCUCUUCUUCAUCACCAUCAUCAGCAUCUUCAACCACAACAACAACAACAACAAAAACAACAACAAAACAAACAAAAUCUUCAUCCUCUUCGCCAUCUACACUUUCCACAUCAACCUCAUCACCUUUAUCAAAUAAUUCACCUUCACAAUCCUCGUCAAAUUUACCACCAACAAGAAGAAAAACAAAAUCAUCGAAUAAAAAUUCUAAUGGUGAUUCCAAACGGAUACAAUUAAAAGUGUUUGGUCAAGAUUACGAUCUUAAUUUACACCCAAACAGUGAUUUUAGUGAAAGGAUUAAAGAUAUGAAAGUUUUCAUCGCUGAAACAAAACCUAACGGAAAAUUAAGUUACCAAGAAGAUGCAACUCUUAAGGAAUCACCUGAACUUGGAAAACCUUAUCAUGAUCAUCUCAACAUGGCUGCUGUAUUAGUGAGCCAUGAUCCGGAAGGAAGACUUCAAAUGGAUGGUACAUUGGGUAAUAGUUUAGUAAUCAAACCAAUUCCAGAAAAAUUAUCAAGCAAAUUAUCUGAAACUUUCUAUGGUGAUUAUAAUCGUGAUGAUGAUGAAAUGUUUCUAGAUGAUGAUGAAGCUGAUGAAGCUUUUCAUAAUGGAAACAAUAACAAUAAACAAAAUCAACAAUCAAAUCAAAUUAACACCAAUUACAUGAAAAAUAGUUACAAUAAUACCAAUAGCUCACCGAAUGGUGAUGAUUCCUUGCUAUUUAAAUCAUCAAGUUUAAAUCAAUUGAACAAUAACAAUGUAACCACAUGGAUAAGUAAAUAUUCACCAUACUAUCGGAUACCCAAAACAACAUCUUCUUCAAGUACCAAUAAUAAUACUAAGAACCGGAAACGGAAAUCUUUGUAUGCCCAUAAAAAUGCCCAUAUUGUAUAUAAAAAGGCUCGCCAUGAACCCGAAAGUCACUCGGAUUACCUUGAAUUGGAACCGGGUUUAAGUUUAUUAAGUUUAAAUGCUUCACAAUUGCGAUCAUCAUCUUCAUCAUCAAAAGUAUCAAAUGAACCUUCAUUAUCAACUGCAUCUUCCUUAUCAUCAUCUACAUCGUCUUCCUUUAACACCUCAAAUGAUAAUGGUAAUCAUCACCAUCGAUCAAAACGUCAAGCGCCCGAUACCGUGUGGCCUGAGGUACUUCUGGUUGUUGAUUACGAUUCCUACAUUUUACAUGGAGCCAAUAGUCGUGAUGUUAAACGUUAUUUCAUCAGUUUUUGGAACGGGGUUGACCUACGAUAUAAGUUAUUGUCCCAUCCAACCAUCCGGGUCAGUUUAGCGGGAAUGAUCGUUGCUAAGGAUCGAGAUGCAACUCCCUAUCUGGAACGGAAUCGACUUCGUCCUCCAAAUGCCGAUGCCGUUGAUGCCGCGGGCGCUUUAACCGAUAUGGGUAAAUAUCUGUAUCGAGAGGAUAGACUACCAACCUAUGAUUUAGCCGUGGUAAUUACCAAGCUUGAUAUGUGUCGACGCCGAUACGAGGGUGGCCGAUGUAAUCGAGGUACCGCUGGUUUUGCUUAUGUCGGCGGAGCUUGUGUUGUUAAUAAAAGGCUUGAAAAGGUCAAUUCGGUUGCCAUUAUUGAAGAUAGUGGAGGAUUUUCUGGUAUUAUUGUUGCUGCACAUGAAGUUGGUCAUUUAUUGGGAUGUGUCCAUGAUGGAUCUCCACCGCCAAGCUAUUUAGGUGGACCUGGAGCUACUCGAUGCCCAUGGGAAGAUGGUUUCAUUAUGAGUGAUCUUCGUCAUACUGAACGAGGUUUCCGUUGGUCUUCAUGUAGUGUUGAACAGUUCAAACAUUUUCUAAACGGCGAAACAGCGACCUGUUUGUACAAUUAUCCGCACGAAAACCAGCUCCUUCCAAGAGUCCUACCUGGCACCAUGCUCACGCUUGAUGAACAAUGCAAACGAGAUAGAGGAACCAAUGCUUGCUUUAAAGACGCUCGUGUUUGUGCUCAACUUUUUUGCUUCGAUUCGGCCUCUGGUUAUUGUGUCUCUUAUCGUCCUGCUGCUGAAGGAUCUCCUUGUGGUGAUGGUCAAGUUUGUCGAAAUGGUAAAUGUACAGCUGAACUGGAAAAUAUUAUUCCUGAUUAUACCCAUGUAACUCAGACAAUUAGCCGAUCACCAAAUUCUCGUGCAAAUGGUAAUAGUAAUAAUGACAAUUCCGUUCCAACAAUAUCCCGUCGUAGUUCAGCUGGUCGUCCACGAAGUCGAUCAAAUUUUGUCAAUCAAAGAUCAUCAUCAACCUCAUCAAUAGAUGGUUCCUCUGAUGUUUCAUCACCAGGAGUUAAUCUUCCAACUCAAUCAUCAUCAUCAUCACCCAAUCUUGACAAUCUUUCACCUGGAUCACCUGAUUGUCAGGAUAAUGUUGAAAAAAUUGGCGGUUCAAUGAGUUGUGCACAGUUUCUUGAAAAAUAUAGUUACCGUUACUGUAAUCAUAACUAUGUUAAACGCCAUUGCUGUGCAUCUCAUGCACUCCUCUGUAAUCCAGAGUAAUUAACUGGCCAAAUUUGUCCUUUUUAAUUGUGCUGCCUAUCAUCCAAUUAAUAUUGUUGUCAAUUUAAUUAUUAUUUAAUUAUUAUCUUCCUCUCACUCUCUUAACCUUUUUUUCCUCUCUCUCUCUCUCUUAAUCUAUCUUUCUCUCUCUCUCUCUCUCUCUCUCUCUCUAUUCUGUUUCCUUAUUUAAAGUUACAAUUUUAAAAAGUGAAUAUAUUUUGAUGUCAAUAUUUUAA